AUGGUGGGCGUGGCAGGGGGAGUGGUCGGCCCGUCGGCGAGUGUGAAUUUUAGAGAACAUUUUAGAGGCCCCCAUCGUGACGGCGUAUAGGCAUUUUUACAUUUUGUAAGCCAAUUCUCCUGCAAUUCUACACAUUUCUCCAUGGAGCUGAGACAUUUUUGCAGUUUUAAAGGGAUACUUUGGGAUGCUAAAUUGUGCUAAUGCUAGUUAGCAUUGGCUCACGAAACUACCUCCAAACUUCUUUCAUACUGGACACAGAAACAUACAAAUGGGAUCCACUAAUGAAUCUGUCUCUGGGGAGGUAGAUAAAGGGCCUCAUUGCCAACAUCCCGAAGGAUCCCUUUAAAGCAAAUGUCUUGUAUUCUGCCAUGGAGCUGAGAUCAAAUCUUUUCAGUUUGAAAGCUAAUUUCCUGUAAUUCUAUGCAUUUUGCCAUGGCUAAUGCUGUGUUCUUUUGCUCAAACAUAAUAACAAUCUAUACUGCUAAAUUCAUUUUUUAAUUUUUCAUUCUUUCUUCUUCCUGACUGUCUAGCUUUUUAUUUUUGGUGAUUUAAUAGUUCUCAAAGAUUAUAUUAUAUAAAAAAAAUAGGUACAUCAUCUUUUCUAUAUACUUUAUAUCUGGUUUUAGUCGUUUAAGCUAACACUGAAAUGCUUUUUCCAUCCCAAAAAACAAAACAAUCAAAACAUUUAUAUCCCUGGCGAAAGUAUCACAAGUGUCCUUGACAAUUUGGCAUAUAACCCGUCCAAUUCCACCUGAAGCUACAGAAUCUCUGCUGAAGGUUUUCACUUUUAGUCAUACACCCUGUCGGAUAGCGAGCCCAUUUGUCAUAAGCACUGAAGCGAUCGGACAGACUACAGAGGAACAUUCCGCUUCCCUGCUUCCUCUCGUGUGAGAGUGCAUGGAUAAGGUCCAGGGUUUGUUUGGGACUUUACGUAACCUGGGAUUAUGUCUGCCCCUAAUGAGUUAGAAAAAAUUAAAAAAUCUUAAAUGUAGAGGGUUGCUUGUUAAGCUAAUUACCGUUAGCUAGUUUCUGGUGAUUUUUUUUAUUUUAUUUUUAUUCUCAGCCUCUCUCCAAGAUGUAUUUAUUUAUCAAAUGUCCAGUGUUUGAACAUGGAACAGUGGCCUAAAGGGAUGGUGUGGAAAGCAAGCACUAUUUCAUCCAUUACUCACUUCUGUCAUCUCCCUCUCUCUUCUCUCACCUCUCUCUCUCCCUCCCCCCACCCCCCCCCCUCACCCUCCUAGCUGGUGAGUAGCAUCGAUCGACGCCGGCAAGGCCUACAACACGGCAAACAGACAGUUUGUCAACGGAAUCCGCGAGCUCGCUGCGAGCUCCACCAAAGAUGAGGUCAUUGAGGUAAAAGACCUAUAAGUAACCUAGCUCGAGCUUCUCAAGUCAAAACUGUCCGUUCAUACUGUUAGAAAACCGCCAGUUUCCCCAACUUUCUCUCUUUAGUGGGACUCCUCUGUUUUUAAUCUUCUCUCACAUUUCUGCGUUGAGGCCUGCAUUUCUGCUCCUUUUUUUGUUGUAUAUUUCCUUUACAGCUUCUCCCCUGGGUCUGAAGUUCAGCCAAAGUGCAUAUUUUUUUUGAAAGAAUGCCCUGGCUGAAGAAUUCUCCCUGGAAGCACCCAUUUAUUGCUCAAGUUUCAAAUGACCUAAAGCAGCGUAGCAGUACAGUAGAGGAUUUCCUCUUACCCGUACCUCAGUCACUGUCAGGAGGUUCUACUAGUCUGGAAUUCACUGUUUAUACCCUGUCGCUCAUACGUGUGUGUGUGUGUGUGUGUGUGUGUGUGUGUGUGUGUGUGUGUGUGUGUGGUCUGUCGUGUGUGUUUCAGGGCUCCAGACUUAACAUUUUCCCCCUGCUGCCACUUAAUUUUACAGUUGGUCGCACCAGCCCAUGAUUUGGUCGUUACUAGAAAAAAAUCUGCGGCAUCACGCAAUAGAAAAAAAUAAGUAAUUCCUUAUAAAGCCAUUCACAGUGCUUUAUUAAGAGGUGCAAUAGACUACUGGGAUGGUAUUCAAUAAAUAUGUUGUAUCUAACACGUCCAUGCAGGAAUGCAUGAUUCAAGAUAUUUUUGACGUGCAAUCUCCAGUGAUUGUCAGGAAUUUUGGGUUGACACUUAGGCUAUUGUAAUAAUAUGUGACAAUUCAGAUGCCCUAUUUUAACAAUAUUUUAUUCAAUAGAUAUUAAAUUGCCUACGUCUUUAUGUGCACUAAUAUCAUAGGCUAUUUUAUUUGGAGCUAAUUCACCACCUCAGUAAGUGGAAACUUACCUCUGGUAGGCAUGUAUUAAUCUAACAGGAAGUUCAAUGUCCUAAAAAAACAGAUGCAGUUGUAGCCUACUACCCAAUGAGGCCAAUAUGCACUCGCAAUGGCCGAUGCGCAUUUCGCACACUCCCUAUCUCAAAAGCCAUAUCAAAUAUCUUAAUUGUAAAAUAGUUGUUAUAGAGCGCAAAUGAGAAAUAUAAAUUAUACCUACAGAAAGCUGAGAACCUCCUCUCUUUAAGUGUGUUUCUCCUGCAAUUGGAUUUUGAAAUGUUAUAGCCUACAAUCAGGACAAAACACUUUUUUUCUCCCAGUACGCAGGGGGGAGAGGGAGGGAGGAGGGAGGGAGUGAGUGGCUUGCUCAUCACAGCAGCAGGCCCCAGCGAAACGGGCAAAGUGGCAGGGCAGAGACUUUCUUUACAGGAAUCGUGAGGAUAAUGCACAUUUACUGUUUGAUCAAAUCAUGGUUUUAGCCUCCUAAACGAAAUUGGACGUUUGGAGUGAAGUGACCAUGUAGAAUUGGCAGCACACACCGACGAAACCAAUUAAAAAAUGUAACACACUGCCAAGUCAAAGGGUCGCAAAAUGCGACUAAAUGGUUGCAGCCUGGAGCCCUGUGUGUGGGACUAUUUCAUACAAUAGCACUAUUAUCCAUGGAUGGAUGGAUGGAUGGAUGGAUGGAUGGAUGGAUGUAUAAUACAUGUUUUUACAUAGCACUGUUCUGUCCCAUGUAUCUGUACACACGUCACAAUACAGAUAGAUCUACAGACCUAGUAUCUUAUAUACAGACCUAAGACCUAGUGUCUUAUAUACAGACCUAGUGUCUUAUAUACAGACCUAGUGUCUUAUAUACAGACCUAGUGUCUUAUAUACAGACCUAGUGUCUUAUAUACAGACCUAGUGUCUUAUAUACAGACCUAGUGUCUUAUAUACAGACCUAGUGUCUUAUAUACAGACCUAGUGUCUUAUAUACAGACCUAGUGUCUUACGUACGGACCUAGUGUCUUACGUACGGACCUAGUAUCUUACGUACGGACCUAGUGUCUUACGUACGGACCUAGUGUCUUACGUACGGACCUAGUAUCUUACGUACGGACCUAGUAUCUUUGUGUUACACUCCUUUUUUUCUCCCACAGUCCAGUCUCACAACGUUUGCUGAGAGUCUGCAAGAGAUGAUCAACUAUCACACGGUACGGCUGGCGACAUUUGAUUUAAAACAGAACGUGGUUGUGAUAUACACCAGUUAAGUGCCAGUGGGUGGUUUUAACAGGAAUGGGACCUUAAAAUAGUCUGGGCUUUCAUCACUCUGAAAAACAGAACUGCAAAACCCAAAAACAUCUCAUGAUCAUGCUUUAACCGCAUGUAAUAGGGAACAAGCAUCCUGCCUGCUUAAAUACAUCCCUAGUCCCUUCUUUCAAGUGUGGGAGGACACUUCUUAAUGUCCUACCCUCUCUAUCAAUACCCCCUAAACCCCAUGGUGCCUCAGGGCAAGUUUUUUUUUAGAUGGUGACUUAACACUGGAGAGACCUCCCUAGUCCUGUCUUGGUGUCCUACCCCGUCCCCAUACUCCCUAAACCCCAGGGUCUGAGACCAAUGACUCAACACUGGAGACUGCAGUGAGAUCAGCUGAAUGAUUUGUUAAAGUUUGCUACUCAGUGUUAACCCGAGCACAUGAUCCUUAAAGCACAGAGCCAAAUCUGUUUUGUCACCGGAGCACGGCACUCCAGUCCAGUCCCAACCACACACUGGUCGUAUUGUCUGGCCCCGCAUCAGCAGGCUCAACACCGUGAGGCCUUCAGCUUUGGUGUCUUUGAGGCUAAUUCUGCUGACCGUCCGUUUUGAAGGAAGUUAAAGUUCUACGAGUCGGUCUCUGACUAACUAGCGAGAAUGAACACUGCAUCACAGCAUGUCAUUAUUGAGCGGAUUGGGUUUUGAAACCUAUAGGCUGUUGUGCAUUAGAAUAUGCGCCUGAAAGGUACAGUCCGAUCAAUGCUGAUUUUUGUCAUGUUUUGUGAACUCACCUAUAAAGUAGAGGGGUACACACCCUGGUUUGUUGAGGUGCCGACUGGCAGAACAUACACACCAUUCCAUGUAAAGAAAUGAGUUUCACACGCUCCAGCUCGUAAUAUUUAAAAUAUAAAAAAGGUUGUGACUGUUACUCGGUUGCAUAAAGUACUAAUCAGUCGUGUUUCUCUGCUUAGAUUUUGUUUGACCAGGCCCAGCGAUCGAUUAAGACGCAGCUUCUAACGUUUGUCAAAGAGUAAGUAUCUCGACACAUCACUGUUAAGAGUAUUCUUCUUGUACACAAUAACAAUGGACAUUAUGUUAUGAACAGUAGCAGUGCGGUCGUGUUUUCUGUAGUGUCCAGUUUUUUUUGUUUUUGUCUAUUUUGUAUAUAUUUCUCAAUUUUACUUUUCAUUCUUUAACUAAAAUAUUCUUUCCUGCAACCCGCCUCACCCAACGUGGAAAGGAUUCUAUUAUUUCUUUAUAACUUUUAUCAAGAACCUUAAGCUGAAACUAGUCUAGCUGCAACCGAAUAGCUACUUGCUAUUAGCCACAGUUAGCAUCUUCACCAUUGUCCGUGGCCUGCACUGCCCACCAGCCAGCUCUAGCCUGGACAAUUUGUCGGCCAGUCUGCACAGCGUGCUAUCGACCCAGAGCAUAUCGGAUUUUCUGCCGGAAUCACUGGACCCUAGCGCCGGAUCAUCGCAACUAGCUAGCUGCAACAGAAUGGCUGUUGUCGUUGGCUAAUUACCAUUGCCCCUUAGCAAGCAUUUAGCCUUGAGCUAGCCUCGAGCCAGGCCCAUCUCCCGGCUAUCUACCUCUCUGUCAACCGGACGGGACCUCCUAGUGUUGACACGGAGCCCCGCCGAUCCAACACGACUGGUCUGCCGAAAAAAAUUGUCUGAUGUGGUUUCAACAGGCUUCCCGUUACGACGUCGACCACGAAGAUCCAUCUGCUAGCCCCGGCCCACUAGCACACGCAAGCUAUGCCUCUUGCUCGCCAGUGCUAUAGCAGCCCCCGAACUACCUCCGAACUCUCCUAUUGCUGUUCACCGGAUCUUAUGAUAACUCAGCUAUACAGCUGAUGCCUGCUGGACUGUUCCUUUAUACGGUACCGCAUCCUGUUUAUGUUUAGCCUCAGCCCAAACUUUGUCGCCAUUACCAGCUGUUGUCUUAGCUCUCUCGAAUAACACCUGUGAUUGCUUUAUGCCUCUCUCCCAUGUCAAUAUGCCUUGCUUAUUGCUGUUUAGGUUAUUUCUUAUUGUACUAUUUCACUGUAGAGCCCCCAGUCCAGCUCAACCUGCCUUAGAUAGCUCCUUGGUCCCACCCCCCAUACACGCGGAGACCGACUCAAUCGGUGCCUCCAGAGAUGCUAUCUCUUUCAUCGUUACCCAACGCUUAGGUUUACACUACAAUGUUACAAAUACCUAGGUGUCUGGUUAGACUGUAAACUCUCCUUCCAGACUCACAUUAAGCAUCUCCAAUCAAAAGUUAGAUCUAGAAUCGGCUUCCAAUUUCGCAACAAAGCCUCCUUCACUCAUGCUGCCAAACAUGCCCUCAUAAAACGGACUAUCCUACCGAUCCUUGACUUCGGCAAUGUCAUUUACAAAAUAGCCUCCAACACUCUACUCAGCAAAUUGGAUGUAGUCUAUCACAGUGCCAUCCGUUUUGUCACCAAAGCCCCAUAUACUACCCACCAUUGUGACCUGUACGCUCUUGUUGGCUGGCUCUCACUACAUAUUCAUCGCCAAACCCACUGGCUCCAGGUCAUCUAUAAAUCACUGCUAGGUAAAUCGCCGCCUUAUCUUAGCUCAUUGGUCACCAUAGCAACACCCACCCGUAGUAUGCGCUCCAGCAGGUAUAUCUCACUGGUCAUCCCCAAAGCCAACAUCUCCUUUGGCCGCCAUUCCUUCCAGUUCUCUGCUGCCAAUGACUGGAACGAAUUGCAAAAAUCUCUGAAGCUGGAGACUCUUAUCUCCCUCACUAACUUUAAGCAUCAGUUGUCAGAGCAGCUUACUGAUCACUGCACCUGUACACAGCCAUUCUGAAAUUAGCCCACCCAACUACCUCAUCCCUAUAUUGUUAUUUAUUUUGCUAAUUUGCACCCCAGUAUCUCAACUGCAAUCUCAAGUUGCACAUGUUUUGCACAUCUAUCAUUCCAGUGUUAAUACGAAAUUGUAAUUAUUUUGCACUAUGGCCUAUUUAUUGCCUUACCUCCAUAACUUACUACAUUCGCACACACUGUAUAUUUUCUGUUGUAUUUUUGACUGUACGUUUUGUUUACCCCAUAUGUAACUCUGUGUUGUUGUUGUUUUUAUCGCACUGCUUUGCUUUAUCUUGGCCAGGUCGCAGUUGUAAAUGAGAACUUGUUCUCAACUGGCUUACCUGGUUAAAUAAAGGUUAAAUUAAAAAAGUAUAUUUUGUAUUCAACAUCCAAAUGGUUUCUGAUAGAUCAUGGCCUAGGUCUAAAAUAACUAAGGAAGCAAAUGACAUGGUGGAGUUGAGCCGUGUAAAAUAAAUUCACACAGCACAACUGCUCAAAAGGAGGAAGCUCACGCACACAAACAGCACAUCAACACGAUGAAGAAUGGGAUGAGAUGAAGUCCGGGAUGCAAUGUGGAAUACUCGGUUAUUUGUUCAGAAUAUUAGGUCCUGUUAAUGUAGUGUACAGCUUGUACAUGUUUGCUAACCUACUAGCUAAUGCACCCACAUUUUCCCCAGACAGUUUGCGUAAGCGUUUAAGCCUGCGGGGAAACCUCAUUUUAUUUCAUUAUGCGGGAUUAGCCAGCUGCCUUUGCCCAAACAUGAGCUAAACUCCUACGUCAGUGUUUUUUUUUUUUUUUUUAAGAAUCACUCAAAACCAUCUUACUGAACAAUUACUCACUCCUCCUAAGCAGUCCAAGGUGACUUUGUUUCACUCAGACUCGAGCAGUACAAGCCAAAAAAACAAGAUUUUAGGACAUUUUGAGUUGAAGUAGUGGCCUUUUGUCCUUCUGUUUUAGAGUAAAUAGUGUCCUCAUAUCUGUGCCAAUUCAUUCUAAAUGUACAAUUCACACUGCACACACUAGCAAAUGAUUUCAAGCUUUAACAUAGAGUUCCAAUUGGAAGUUGUCAGGGUGCAUGUGAGGCUAAUAUCAGAAUAGUCAUUAAUUGCUUCGUCAAAUACUUAACUGGAGUAAUAUGACAUGUCACCCUGAAGACAGUAGACUCAUUUGUACUCACAGGAAGGGAGAGAAAUUAGAUGUUUAGGGCCAUUUGCUUCCCUUAAAAAUAUUAUAGACCUAGAAUAUAGAAUAUAUAAUUUUUCCUCUAAUGAUUUAGCUAGGCUGCUUGUUAAUAAUUAUUUUCAAUGUCUCACAUUUUCUUAUUUUCGCCAGAAAAUCUCACUAGCUCUGUAUGUUUUUGAAACCAGAGAAUCUCACUGCCUUCUCCAAAACAUGGCUGCAAAGAAUCGGUGGUCUCAAAAAGAAAAUGAACAAUUGAAUGCCAAUGAAUGAAAGAAAGAGGCCUAUAUUCCUGGAAAUGAAGUACAAUUUGACUAGACUGACAAACAUUUAGCCGAGAUGAGGCUUCCUCAGUGUCAUUUCUUGCCUAUGUUUCACCCCGCCGCCCUUAGGGACCUGCGUAAGUUCAAAGAGGCCAAGAAGCAGUUUGACAAGGUGAGCGAGGAGAAGGAGGCGGCGUUGACCAAGAACGCCCAGGCGCCGCGCAACAAGCAGCACGAGGUGGAGGAGGCCACCAACAUCCUGACGGCCACACGCCAGUGCUUCCGCCACAUCGUCCUUGACUACGUCCUCCAGGUACAGACCAAGGAUCAGUUUGCCUUAAAUCCUUAA